CCAGGAUAUGCUGUCACAUCCAGGCACUCUGCGAUGAGCAUGGCCCCGACGCUGGGGGGCGAGGGCCGGAGUCAGGCCUAGGGCAACAUCAAGAUGUCUAAGGAGCUAGAAACAACUUUCCAUAAAUAUGCAAAGUAUGGGGACCCCAAGGCACCUGGACAUGAAAUGAGUGGAAAGAAUUUUGCCAAACUCUGCAAGGAAUGCAAUAUUCUGGAGAAUGGGUGCACUAGUGCCGAUGUGGACGUUGUCUUCAGCAAAGUCAAGAGUAAAGGAGCCCGAGUCAUCAACUUCUCUGAGUUUCAAGAUGGUCUAAAACAGCUCUCAAGAAAAAGGUUCCAGGGAAUGGGAAAUGCUCUUCCGGCCAUCCACAAACUGGUGGAAGGCAAAGAUCCAGAGAGUCCUGGCUCCACGAAAACUGUAGCAGUUGGAGCAGUAGAUCGUCUGACAGACAUCUCUAAAUAUGGUGGAACACACAAGGAGCGUUUUAACGAGAGUGGGAAAGGAGCGUCUGGCUCUGAAGAGGUCACACAUGACUCUGGACACGUUGAGGCAUGCAAGGGGAAGGAAAUGAAACAGUAG